AUGUGCGAUCGCAACUUCGGCAUCGGCGCCGACGGCGUCAUCGUCGCGAUGCCGAAGGGCAGCGCGGAGUACCCCGGGCGCGUCGUCGAGGAGGAGGACUACGCGAUGCGGAUGUUCAACAGCGACGGCACGGAGCCGGAGAUGUGCGGCAACGGCAUCCGAUGCCUCGCCAACUUCGUCGCCGCGAUCGACGACGCGGACCCCAGGGCGUACAAAGUCGGCACCCUCGCGGGCUUGAUCCAGCCCGAGUGCAAGCCCGACGGUCAGGUCGCGGUCGACAUGGGCGUCCCGACGCUGACCCCCGCGGACGUCCCGACGAAGCUGGCGGCGACGGAGGACGGCGCGGCGGUGAAAUCGCAAAUGACGGUGGACGGCGCCACGUGGCUCGCGACGGCCGUGAGCAUGGGGAAUCCGCACUGCGUGACGUUCGGGCGCGAGAAAGGGGACGAGAAGGGGCUCGCGGUGGACGACAUGGACCUCGCCGCGAUCGGGCCUUCGUUCGAAUCGCACGAGACGUUUCCCGCGAGGACCAACACCGAGUUCGUCGAGGUCGUGCGCCGCGACUACGUGAAGAUGCGCGUCUGGGAGCGCGGCGCGGGGGCGACGCUCGCGUGCGGGACCGGCGCGUGCGCGACCGUCGUCGCGGGCGUGUUGGAGGGGCGGACGGAUCGGAAGUGCACGGUCGAGCUUCCGGGCGGGCCGCUCGAGAUCGAGUGGCGAGAGAGCGACUCGAGGGUCAUCAUGACCGGGCCCGCGGAGCUCGUGUUUUACGGCGAGAUCGACGCGUGA